AUGGCGGCCGACGUUUCUUCGACCGGCCUGGAGUCCCUCAUCUCGAAGAAUGCAAGGGCUACGCGGCUCGCCUAUGCAGAUCCAACAGGUCGCAAGCGUAUACGCCUCGAUCCCUCAAUCGAUCCCGAACCCGAAGCUGACAAGGACGCCAUCUCGCUGCGCCUACACGCCGAGUACAACGAUGUCCUAACACUACCCGCGCCCCUUGCUGCGAAGCAGGCUGCCGCGGCCGGCGCAAGGAAGAAGGCGAAGAAGACACCCGGGGAAGCAGCACCGACACCAGCCGAGGAAAACACCAGGAAGCUGAUUGAGGGGAUACCAUCAAAGGCGCCAAAUGGGAAGCCAGGAGCUGGGCCACAAUCCAACGCGCUCGUGCGCCGAACGCCAGGCGCACCAGGCGCGGGUGGCGCUGGUGACAGAGGCCAAGGAGGCACACAGACAACGAGCCUGAUCCGCAUGUCAGAAGCCGUGAAUGCGCAACCCAAGCCAGAGUGGCACAAGCCAUGGAAGCUGCACAAGGUCAUCUCAGGCCAUCUGGGGUGGGUGCGCAGCGUCGCGGUCGAGCCGAACAACAAGUGGUUUGUGUCAGGCAGCGGUGACAGAACAAUCAAGGUGUGGGAUCUGGCAUCUGGGCAGCUGCGGCUGACGUUGACGGGACACAUCAGCACAGUUCGGGGCCUGGCAGUGUCACCGAGGCAUCCAUACUUGUUCUCAUGUGGCGAGGACAAGAUGGUGAAGUGCUGGGAUCUGGAAACAAACAAGGUCAUUCGGCACUACCACGGACAUCUCUCGGGCGUCUAUACUCUAGCACUGCACCCUACGUUGGAUGUGCUGGUCACAGGUGGUAGGGACGGUGUUGCAAGAGUAUGGGACAUGCGGACUAGGAGCAACAUACACGUCCUGAGCGGCCACACUGGCACGGUCAGUAGUUUACUCUGCCAGGAGGCCGAUCCUCAGGUCAUCACAGGUUCUCUUGACAGCCAGUGCCGGAUGUGGGAUCUUGCUGCAGGCAAGACUAUGGGCGUCUUGACUCAUCACAAGAAGGGCAUUCGUGCUCUGGCAUCACAUCCAUCUGAGUUCACAUUCGCUACCGGAAGCACCUCCAGUAUUAAGCAGUGGAAGUGCCCCGAGGGCGCUUUCAUGCAGAACUUUGAGGGCCACAACGCCAUCAUAAACACGCUGUCCGUGAACAACGAUAACGUCCUGUUCUCCGGGGGUGACAACGGCUCUAUGAGCUUCUGGGACUGGAAAUCUGGCUACCGUUACCAGGCCAUGGACACCAUUGCACAACCCGGAUCGCUCGAUGCCGAGAAUGGCGUGUUUUGCUCCACAUUCGACCACUCUGGAUUGAGACUCAUCUGUGGCGAGGCGGAUAAGACCAUUAAAAUAUGGCGGCCAGACGACGACGCGACGCCCGAGACUCACCCGAUUGAUUGGAAGCCUACCUUGCAGCAGAGGCGGCGAUUCUGA